AUGGCUGGCAUCCAGUCAUCUGCCAGUAAUGAGCAGCUACACACCCAAGAUGUAGUGGCCUCGUCUUCGCUGAACAAUAACCUGCACCUACAACAUCGUCCUUCUUCGUCCCAACGUCAGGAUGGUCCGUCAGCUCCUCCUCCUCUUACUAUCGGAAUAGGCGGAGGAACAUCUACAGCCCGGCCUACCUCGUCCGUAAAUUCAAUAUCUUCGCGAUCUAUCAGCUCUCCUGUAAACACCAUACCAGACAGGGGCAUGGGUGACUCUCAGCAAUGGAAAAACGUCCGGACGCUACCAACAUGGGUACAGAGCCGAGAGGAAGAUGAACACGAUUUAAUAGAAGCUCCUCCCUUGGCUCACCGACGGCCGCCGGAGCGCUCGCAAUACGAUGCCGUUCGGGAAACGACACCCAUAACUAUGGGCCGGCUGCCCGAGCACGCAAGCCGAUGGAGGAAUUUUGUCGAAGCUAGUACAGGCCACCCGCCGGCAACAUCACAUUCGGAAAAGGAUGAACCGGAACAGUGGUUAGCCAAACAGGGCGAUUUUGAUAAACCAUGGAAUCAUAAAGCCGAUACCGAAAAUCAAGGCGACGGUUCCGCAGAUGACACUGAUGAUGGCUUAUUGAUUAGUGCAAAGAGAAGAAGGAUUUGGUACAAACGAAUCUAUACUAUGUUAUUAAACAACCCGGCAGUACCUUUAACUUUCCGGGCACUUAUCUGGGUAUUAUCAUUGCUAGCACUUGCUCUCGCCUCUAGUGUUUUCCAGCUUAGCAACCAAUAUGGAUUCGACCAAAAGCCCUCUACAGUUAUGGCAAUUGUAGUUGACGUCAUUGCUUUAAUAUACCUAAUUUACAUUACAUACGAUGAAUAUUCAGGAAAGCCUUUGGGCCUACGGUCGCCUAAAGCAAAAAUGAGACUGAUCAUGCUCGAUCUUCUAUUUAUCAUUUUUGAUUCCGCAAACCUCUCCCUUGCUUUCGACACUCUCUUUGAUGUGCGAUGGAGUUGUAGAAGCGCGACAACGGGCGCUGAUUUCGGUGGUAAUGACAAUGAACUCCGAACUGUCUCUCCGAUAUGUGAUCGGCAACGAGCUCUUGCGGCAUUCAUUUUUCUUGCCCUAUGUGCAUGGGUCUCUACGUUCACAGUUAGUGUGUUCAGACUUGUCGAGCGAGUAUCAAAGGGAAAUAAUACCCGCCCGUAA